CUUGCACCACCUGUUAGUGCAGACCCCUGUGCUUUGGAAUUCACUUGUUUAUGAGGGACUCUUUCAUACUCACACAAUCAAAGCUCUAUGACGGUGCGUAAGGGAAAAAAGCUCACCAUCUCCAUCCAGGAACACAUGGCCAUAGACGUCUGUCCGGGCCCCAUACGACCAAUUAGACAGAUCUCUGCCUAUUUCCCCCGUCUCUCCCCAACUGCUGAGCCUGUCUCUCCGAACCCUGCUUCUCCACUGUCGCUCAGCCCAGGGCUCGGGGCCUCUGGAGGGGCCAGCGGAGGCCUGUUGUCUCCUCUGCAGGCUGGAGCGAGGGGAGGAGGUGGGACUUUGUCCGCAGCCAGCAGCAUCGAGACAUCGGUGGACAUCUGCAGUUCAGACAGCGAUGAAAGCACGGCGCUGGGGACACUAGAGUUCGAAUUGAGGUAUGAGAAAGCCACCAGUUCACUCAACUGCACCAUCAUCAGAGCAAAGGGUUUGAAACCCAUGGAUUUUAAUGGCCUGGCAGACCCUUAUGUCAAGCUUCAUCUUCUACCGGGAGCAUGUAAGGCCAAUAAACUGAAAACCAAAACAGUACGUAAUUCUCUAAAUCCUGUUUGGAAUGAGACGCUCACUUACUUUGGCAUCACAGAGGAGGAUAUGCACAGGAAGACUCUGAGAUUAUCGGUGUGCGAUGAAGAUAAGCUGACUCAUAAUGAGUUUAUUGGAGAAUCCAGAGUGGCCCUACGACGUGUGAAACCAGACCAGACCAAACGUUUCUACACCUGUCUAGAACAUCCACCACCUCUUCCCUCUCCAACAGCAAUGGGAGCAGCGCUGCGAGGGAUCUCCUGUUACCUACGAGAGUGGGAGAAUGAACAAAUGACGAGUUUGGAAGAGAGGGGUCGUUUGCUGCUUUCGCUGCAGUUCCUUCCCCCACCUGCAGAGGGCGAAGGAGAGUCCCGGCGAGGGGGAUUGUGUGUCGGAGUGCUGCGCUGUGCUCAUCUGGCCGCCAUGGAUGUAAAUGGCUUCUCAGAUCCCUAUGUGAAAAUAUACCUGAAGCCAGAUGUGAAGAAGAAAUCCAAACACAAAACGUCAGUGAUUAAAAAGACCCUCAACCCAGAAUUCAACGAGGAGUUUUUCUAUGAGAUCUCUCUAUCUGAACUGGUUCAUAAGACGCUGGAGGUCACAGUAUGGGACUAUGAUCUGGGAAGAUCCAACGAUUUCAUAGGUGGCGUGUGCCUGAGCUGUCACGUCCAGGGAGAUGCCCUUCGUCACUGGAUGGACUGCCUGAGGAACAAGGGUCAAAGGGUGGAGCGCUGGCACAUUCUGGCCAAUGAGCUGCCUCAGACCACCUGCCACGACUGAGGAGGAAGAAUCCCGCCAGGAAAUCAGUCAUGAUAGGUUAAUGGAUUUGAUUGGUAUGAGGUGGAUAAUUAUAUGAGCUAACUAGGGGCCAAGUAGUUGGGAGUAAAUUACACACUUUGCGCUGUUUAAAGGAGGGUGGAGGAAGGGACUCGGUGUCAGUCAAAGUGUGUCCCCGCCCCUUUCACCCACUCUUUCUCUCUCCUUCUCUCUCUUUCUUGCGCGCUGCACGUUUUCUACAUAUUUUGUAAUGUUGAAGUGAAUUUUACUCUGGUGUAGCACAAUUCUCUUUUUGAAAUUACUGAUUACCAAUGUAUUUCAAUGUUCAGUGCUUUCGUAACGCUUACAGACUAAGACGCAUCUUAACGAAACAUGGGGGUGCAUGUCGACUGCCUGCCAUAAACGCAUCGAAACGAUAUACAUGUAUGAUAUCGUCUUGACAAUAUGGGAGGUUACUUAAAGGGAUAGUUCACGCAAAAAUGAAAUCGCUGAUAUCGUUUACUAAAAUAAGUUAUAAUGACGAAUGUUGGUUGAUUCGAUUCAAUUUACCUUUAUUUCUAUAGCUUUUACAUUGCAGAUUG